AUGGCCGUGCAGGCUCCUCAGGUUGAUACUCUUAGCCUUAACGAGGCUCUUGCCGCCAAAACUCCCGCCAACGGCAACGCUACGCAAGGAACUGGCGGAUCCGCGGAUGCAUCGAAUGACGAUUCCGAUGAUGAUAAAGAGGAUGAUCAGGUGGUAGCGGAGGGUGCUGCUGCUACCGGAGAAAAAAAGAAGAAAAAGAAACCCAAGAAAAAGAAGAAGAAGGGUGUGGCUAAGGUUCAGAGCAACCCUCCCCGUGUCCCCUUGUCGACCCUCUUCCCAAAUAACCAGUAUCCGGAGGGAGAAAUUGUCGAAUAUAAAGAUGAGAACGCUUAUCGUACGACAAACGAGGAGAAGAGAUAUCUCGAUCGUAUGAAUAGCGAUGCCAUCAAUGACUUCCGCAAGGGUGCGGAAAUCCAUCGACAGGUUCGCCAGUAUGCACAGAGAGAGCUUCUAAAGCCCGGCAAGACUUUGACCGAAAUUGCAGAGGGUAUUGAGGAUAGUGUUCGCUCCUUGACGGGACAUAUGGGUCUUGAGGAUGGUGAUAGUUUGGUUGCCGGCAUGGGAUUCCCUACUGGGUUGAAUAUCAACCAUAUCGCUGCCCAUUACUCUCCAAAUGCUGGAAAUAAAACCGUCCUUCAGCAGGGCGACGUCAUGAAGGUGGACAUUGGUGUUCAUAUCAAUGGAAGAAUUGUUGAUAGCGCAUUUACUAUUGCUUUUGACCCAGUUUAUGACAAUUUGUUGGAAGCGGUGAAAGAUGCCACCAACACUGGUAUCAGAGAAGCAGGUAUUGAUGUCAGAAUGAGUGAUAUCGGAGCUGCUAUUCAGGAAGCAAUGGAAGCUUACGAGGUUGAGAUCAAUGGCACCACUUACCCCGUGAAAGCCAUUCGAAACCUCAAUGGUCACACAAUUGGCCAUUAUCUUAUCCAUGGCGGAAGCGUUGGAAAGAGUGUUCCUAUAGUCAAGGGUGGUGACCAGACGAAGAUGGAGGAGGGUGAAACCUACGCCGUCGAAACCUUUGGAAGUACUGGAAAGGGAUACGUGAGAGAUGAUCUGGAAACUUCUCAUUAUGGCAAAGUUCCCGAUGCUCCAAACGUGCCACUUCGUUUGUCUUCCGCAAAGAAUCUAUUGAACGUUAUUACGAAAAAUUUUUCCACUUUGCCGUUCUGUCGCCGAUACCUUGAUCGGCUCGGCCUGGACAAAUACCUUCUUGGGUUAAACAACCUAGUAUCCUCAGGCCUUGUGGAAGCUUAUCCACCUCUAGUCGAUGUGAAAGGCUCCUAUACCGCUCAAUUUGAGCAUACAUUCUUGCUUCGGCCAACUGUGAAGGAAGUCUUCACCAGAGGAGACGACUAUUAA